AUGAAGAAGAGGAAGAGAGAGGAUUCACUGACUGCCACCCAGGAAGAAUCCAUGAAGAAGAGGAAGAUGGAUGAUUACAUCCUUCAUCCAGAAGAGCGGGCCGCGUUCUUCACACUCCUUGAAGACGAGAACAUCCAGUCAUUUCUUAUCAGGGACAGCUGCUUUAAGAUCUCGGACAAGUAUCUCCUGGCCAUGGUCCUCACUUACUUCAGAAGAGCAGGCCUGCCUACUGAAGAAUAUAGAAAAUAUUUCUUUCCAUCUCUGUUUUUGGCCAACCAAUUUGAAGAGGACGAGCCAUUUCGAAAGGAGAUCUACCCCUGGGCCUUCGGAUGGACGUGGACCGUACAGCGGGAGCAGCUUCACCAACUGCGUAACCUAUUGUUCAUCCGGAUGGGAUUGAGAGCUUGGGUGGACCGGGCCACCUGUGAUCUGAUAAUGGCAGAAGACCUUGGACAUUGGGCAUGGAAGAGAGAGAGGAAAGUCCAUCACAGCUGGGCCAUACGCCGAUUCAGGAGGAAAGAUACAGAAUUCACCAUCAAAGGCCCAUGGAUCAGCCCUGAACCCUGCUCUCUUUAUGUGCUGCUGCCAGGAUGGGGAACAUGGCUGCUGGACCUACAAGGAGAAGAAGAUCGAGAGGACAGGAUGGAUGAAGACCUGGAUGAUGGAGAGGCAUAUGCAGGCGCCACAGAAUACCCAAAGAAGGAGCGGCAUGAGUUUGCCCAAAAGGGGGAUGAGAGUUCAAGGCGACCAUCAUAUGCUGAAGUGGUCUCUAGAAAGAAAAAAGCUCAGUGUUCAGAAGGGGAUCAGAGUUCCUCAAGUAUCAUUACAUUUCUCAAUGUCACUGUAGCAAAAUUUAAUAAGAAAGGUUAUCCUGAAAUUGCUCAGAACUGUACCAGUCCACCAUGGAUUCUUUAA